CCGCGGCAGACACGUACCGUUCAAACGCACGAGCUUGUGCAAAAAUUGUUUAAAUUCAAUAAUCUGGUGCGUGUUAAGGUUGAGAAAAUGGCAGGAACGCUGUACACAUAUCCGGAGAACUUUCGGGCAUACAAAGUGCUGAUCGCCGCCCGGUAUUCCGGUGUUGCGGUUAAGGUCGCUGCCGACUACGUACACGGGGAGACGAACCGCAGCGAGGCGUUCCUAAAGAAGUUUCCGCUGGGCAAGGUGCCCGCUUUCGAGACGAAGGACGGAAAAUAUCUUACCGAAAGUAACGCGAUCGCGUUCUACGUUGCCAACGACCAGCUACGUGGUACGAACGAUGUCCACCGUGCCGAGGUGGUAUCGUUUCUAAGCAGCGCCGACAAUGAGCUGUUGCCCGCCGUCCAGUCGUGGGUGUUCCCGGUGCUCGGCAUCAUGCCAUUCAACAAGAACAACGUCGAGCACGCGAAAGAAGAUAUGCGCCGCCAGCUGACGGCGCUAAACUCGCGGCUGACCAAGCAAACGUUCCUCGUCGGCGAGCGCGUAACGCUGGCCGAUAUCGUCGUGAUGGCAACGCUGUUACCGGCGUACGAAUAUGUGUUGGAUCCGUCUUUCCGCGCACCCUUCGGAGCAGUCAAUCGCUGGUUCACGACCGUCCUGAACCAGCCGCAGGUCAAGCAAGUGGUCGAAAAUGUCACACUCUGUGCAAAGGUGGCCCAGGUCGAUCCGAAGAAGUACGCCGAGUUCCAGGCUCGCACCAGCGGCGGCAGCGGCGGUGGGGCUCGCGCGGAGAAGACGGAUAAGCCGGAAAAGAAGAAGGAGAAGAAACCGGCUGCUGCGGCGGAAGUAGAGCAGCCGGACGCAGCCGAUGAGCUGCUUGCGGCCGAACCGAAGCAGAACGAUCCGUUCGAGACGCUGCCGAAGGGUACCUUCAACUUUGACGAUUUCAAGCGUUUCUACUCCAACGAGGAGGAAGCAAAAUCGAUUCCGUACUUCUGGACCAAGUUCGAUCCGGCCAACUACUCGAUCUGGUACGGAGAGUACAAGUACCCGGAGGAACUGACCAAGGUGUUCAUGAGCUGCAACCUCAUCACAGGCAUGUUCCAGCGGCUGGACAAGAUGCGCAAGCAGAGUUUCGCCUCCGUGUGUCUGUUCGGUGAGGACAACAACAGUACGAUCUCGGGCGUGUGGGUUUGGCGCGGCCACGAUCUGGCCUUCCAGCUCUCGCCCGACUGGCAGAUUGAUUACGAAGUGUACGACUGGAAGAAACUUGAUCCCGCAUCGGAGGAAACGAAGAAGCUGGUAGCCCAGUACUUCUCGUGGAGCGGCACCGACAAGGGCGGGCGCAAGUUUAACCAGGGCAAAAUCUUUAAAUAGAACAAAUAAAGCUCGAACCCUUUUUGUCUACUGAA